AGUAGAGAUAGUAAAGGGGCAGCCGUUCGACGUGGGCCCGCGCUACACGCAGCUGCAGUACAUCGGCGAGGGCGCGUAUGGCAUGGUCAGCUCAGCUUACGACCACGUGCGCAAGACUCGAGUGGCCAUCAAGAAAAUCAGCCCCUUUGAGCAUCAGACCUACUGCCAGCGUACGUUGCGAGAGAUCCAGAUCUUGCUGCGCUUCCGCCAUGAGAACGUCAUCGGCAUCCGAGACAUUCUGCGGGCACCCACCCUGGAAGCCAUGAGGGAUGUCUACAUUGUGCAAGACCUGAUGGAGACAGACCUGUACAAGUUGCUUAAAAGCCAGCAGCUGAGCAACGACCACAUCUGCUACUUCCUCUACCAAAUCCUGCGGGGCCUCAAGUAUAUCCAUUCCGCCAACGUGCUCCACCGGGAUUUAAAGCCCUCCAACCUGCUCAUCAACACCACCUGCGACCUUAAGAUCUGUGAUUUUGGUCUUGCCCGGAUCGCCGAUCCUGAGCACGACCACACUGGCUUUCUGACGGAAUACGUGGCCACACGCUGGUACCGGGCCCCAGAGAUCAUGCUUAACUCCAAGGGCUACACCAAGUCCAUCGACAUCUGGUCUGUGGGCUGCAUCCUGGCUGAGAUGCUCUCCAACCGGCCCAUCUUCCCGGGCAAGCACUACCUGGACCAGCUCAACCACAUUCUGGGUAUCCUGGGCUCCCCCUCCCAGGAGGACCUGAAUUGUAUCAUCAACAUGAAGGCCCGAAACUACCUACAGUCUCUACCCUCCAAGACCAAGGUGGCCUGGGCCAAGCUUUUUCCCAAGUCAGACCCCAAAGCUCUUGACCUGCUGGACCGGAUGUUGACCUUUAACCCCAACAAACGGAUCACAGUGGAAGAAGCACUGGCUCACCCCUACCUGGAGCAGUACUACGACCCAACAGAUGAGCCAGUGGCCGAGGAACCUUUCACCUUCGACAUGGAGCUGGAUGAUCUACCCAAGGAGCGGCUGAAGGAGCUCAUCUUCCAGGAGACAGCCCGUUUCCAGCCUGGGGUGCUGGAGGCCCCCUAACCUGGUCAGAUGCCUCUGCUCCCUGGGGCCUGAUAAGGAAACCCAGCCGCAUCACACUCAGCUGUGAGGACGAAAUGAGGGAAGUGGAGGUCGGGCUCUGGCAGGUCUGCUCAAGGGUGCUAAUGGUUCCUUUCCUGCCUGCCUU